AUGAAAAGUAAGAAAAGAGAAACCUCUGAACCUCACCAAAGACCUAUUUCUUCGAGUGGAGGUAUUAUUCCUUUUGAGCUGCAUGGAAGGCACCGUGGCCGUGUCUGUCGAGAGAGUACAAAACCUAUACCUCGACAGCACACAGCUGCUUCCAGAAGUUUCAACAGUACUUCAAAAGCAACGUCAGAACGUAGAGUCAGAGCAUGGGAUACAAAUGAAACGGACACGUCUGAAGUUAACAAGAAGACCAAGACCUGGAAAAGCUUUGGCUUCACGCACGUUGUGAGCAGUAACGUGUUUGAAGCUUUGUCGGCAUUUCGUAAGGCGGGUGGAGCAUUUUACAGUAAGCACAAUCGCUAA